GCCGCGCUCCUUUCCGGGUGUUCCCCGACGGCGCGGUUCCCGUGGUUACGCACCCCGCGCCGGGCCUGCCGGGAGUUGUAGGCCGUGCGGGCGCAACCUCGUAGAGUCUCCGGAAGCGAAGAGCGUGAGAGUCCUUGUUGAGCUGGCUCAGGGUAGGGGGACUCGCAGCGCCAAGGCGCUGCCCCCGGGCUGGCCAUGAACGGGCCGGCGGACGGCGAAGUGGACUACAAAAAGAAAUACCGAAAUCUGAAGCGGAAGCUCAAGUUUCUUAUCUACGAGCACGAGUGCUUCCAGGAGGAGCUGAGGAAGGCUCAGAGGAAGCUGCUGAAGGUGUCGCGAGACAAGAGUUUCCUCCUAGAUCGACUUCUGCAGUACGAGAACGUGGAUGAAGACUCGUCCGGUGAGCAAGACUCGGAUGCCACAGCGUCAUCAGAGAACAGUGAGGCCGAGGGGAUGCCCAAGCUGUCGGACACGCCAGCCCCUAAGAGGAAGAGGAGCCCUCCGCUGGCCAGUGCGCCCUCCCCCUCCGGCCUGCCCCUGCCGCCCUCAUCGGGGUUUCCCCUCCAGGCUUCUGGGACGCCGUCCCCGUACCUGAGCUCGCAGCUGGCCUCCCCGCCUUACCCCCCACUCCCCUCUGACCACCUGGCCCUGCAGCUGCCCGAGCCCAGCCCCCUGAGGCCCAAGCGGGAGAAACGGCCCCGCCUGCCCCGGAAGCUCAAGAUGGCGGUUGGACCCCCGGACUGCCCCGUGGGCGGGCUGCUGGCCUUCCCUGCCCAGGGUCCUGGGGCUGGGGUCGGGGCGGCCCUGACCCCGCUACCCCCUCCCAAGAUGCCCCCCCACACGAUCCUGAGCACCGUCCCUCGGCAGAUGUUCAGUGACGCAGGCAGUGGGGACGACGCCCUGGACGGGGACGACGACCUGGUGAUCGACAUCCCGGAGUGACUGCAUGCCAGCCCAGCGUCCUCCAUGUUUAUUGAUGCACAGUUGCCAUGCUUUGGCCACUGACACAAUCAGAAAAGGCGUAAACAUGCACAAGUGUCCCCAGCAGGUGGCAGGGCCCCAGGACAUUAUUUAAGUGAGUGGCCAGGAGCACCUGCCUCGCUGGGCGUGCCUGGGAAGGGUGGCUGUCGGGCUGGGACUGUAAUGAAGGUCCGUGUUGCA